AAAUGAAUGGCCAGAAAUAAAAACCUGAAAAACAUCAUUAUUAUUAUACAAUUGAAAUAAAGAAUGAAGAGCAAACUUGGUAUACUGAAAUACUACUGUUAUAUUAUUUACCGUUUGUAAUGUUCGUUAACCUCAUUUAGUUUUUUUUUCUCAUAUUAUGUUGCUUGUUUGAGUUUAUGGUGGCAAACAAAGGUAAACUUGAACUUUGGCCAAUUUUAUUUUUUCUUGUUCGCCACAAUUUGCCAGAAGAGUCAUCGGACUGUUAUUCCAUUAAUGAACCCGAACUUGUUUGUCGGGUUUUGGUAAAAUUUUUCGUUCUUUUUUUUCUGUUGCAUUUUUUAUUCUCUAUUGAUUUUUCAUUCUACUUCAAAAGAAAAAACGGCAAGUCAAACUUUUUUUUUUAAAAACAAUGUUCAUUCAGGAUCUUCACUUGAGAUUGUGAAAAAAAAACUUCAAAUUGCUCAAAUUUCGAACAGAAACAGAAAAAAAAAAAAAUGAAACACUUGAUCAUUUUAUCGAUUAUUUUUAUAUGGAAUUUAAUUAAUCUUGAUGUAAAAAUUCAUUGCCAUGAUCAUACUCCUGUUUCCAAGAUUAAAAUACCUAAAAGAAUCCAUGAUGUUUCUUAUAAAGGUUCAAUAUUUUCUUACACUGUAAAUGGACGUGAUCCAAUAAAAGCCAUCAGAGAUUUUGCAUUAGAAACCGAUGAUAUUAAAAUGCUUGAAGAACGUUUUGUUGAUCAUUUUACUGAAACAAUUUUAUCAAAAUUAGCCAAUGAAAUGAAAUCUGGUAUCCCGUCGAUGAGUAUUCCACCGAUGGAUCCAUUACUUUUGAAUGAAAUACGUGUUGAACCACAUAUUGGAAAUGAAAUCUUUACGAUUAAAUUGAAUAACAUUCAAAUUGAAGGACUAUCUGAUCUAGAUAUACAAGACAUACGGCCACGAUUGAAUGUAUUGAAAGUACGAUUGGCAUUACUAUUUCCGAAAAUUGCAGCCAAUUGUCAUUUUCGUGUCAAUGGUACAAUUUAUAAUGUUAUCGAUGUCAAUGGUGAAGGCGAUAGUAAAUUGGAAUACAAUGAUGUACUAGUACGUACACAGCUGAAUUUAGUGCAUGAAAAUAAAACCUUUCGAAUUGCUAGCUGUGAUCCACCAUUGAUUGAUUUUAAUACGGCUAAAAUUGUUCUAUCAAAUCAUAAUCAAAAUAAUAAUACUACUACCACCGGAAUUGCAAGCGAACUUGGACCAUUAUUAUUCUGGGUUUUUGCCGAUCAUGUUGUACAGGAAAUUGAUCAAUAUCUACUUAAAUAUGUUAAUAAUAAUAUGUUAUUAUUCAAGGUACCGGAAUCAUUUAGUCCAGCCGUCACUUGGCUAUUGAAUCGUAGUUCAUCACAACCAUCAUCAUCAUCAUCAUCAUCAUCAUCAUCAUCGUCGUCGUCGUCGUCGUCAUCUCAACAUAUUCCACAAAUAUUGAGUCCAUUUCCAUUGUUGAAUCAUUGGAUAAAUUCUUUAUCCAAUAAUCUUAAUCGACCACAUAUUCAUACGAAAUUCUUUAAAAAAUAAUAUAAUGGUAAUGUUGUUUGCAGUUUUUUUAAUCGAUAAAACAAAAAUUAUUAGAUUUAUCGAUCAUUUUCAUGGAAAUGAAAAUAAUUUUUUCCCACUCCCACUGUGUGUAUCCCAGACAACCAAAAUAAUAAAAUGUUUGUCCAAAAUAAAAACAAUGAAACA